CCGAGAUCGCCCCAAGACAGCCCAAAAGGCUUUCAAGAGGGCCGUAGGAAUUUGGGCUCAAGGUGUUCGAGUUUAGUAGCACCGCGUACGACAAUCCACUUACUUCUUACUUGACCUUGCCGAUGGCCAUGGUUGCUGCUCGCGUCCUUGUGGCCGUUUUGCAUCUGCGACUUGCAGAUGCUAUUGGUAUCCGCAGGUCCGACACAUCCUCGGAUAUGGACUUUAAUAGCGAGACGAAGAGCCAGGGCGGCGUUACGAGUGUGUACGCUGCAGAUAAGGCGUACUGGACCGCAACAUUGGGCACGAUGAACAAGGCAGGCGUCACCCGGUACACAGACGAAGCCAUCAAGAAGACCAAGAGGACAGACGGCAAGUUCUUCUGGGGCGACCCCGCCAACCGCGACAGCGAGCAGUCUUACGUUGGCCCGGCGGACCUCACAGCGAACAUAUCUUGGGGUUGGCACCACCCUGCUGGAGUCUACAGCACCAUCCCUGUCGGCAGCCCCCUGAUCGACGACGAGCUCAACAUCUAUAUCGGAGCCGACGAUGCCAUCCGCAAGUUUGACGUUACUGGCGUCAUCAAAUGGAGCUACGCCCCCCGAGGUCAACUCGCAGCAGCACCCACCCUGUGCACCAGCGGCAGCAGGCGCCAGGCAGCUUCCGAGACGCGCGAUGUGAGCAGCCUGAGCCGCAGGGAUGCGGAAGACAUGUUGCGGCCAGACUGGGCCAACGGCAACGAGGCAGACACCAGGGCUCAGAUGUCCAGGGACUUCAGAGUCGGCGACCUCGUCAAGGUAAAGCCUGGUGCGAGCUUUUGGUCGGACGGCAGAGAGCUGUACAAAGCCGGCGAUCAGGGUCGCAUUGGACGGCGAGGGCGAGGGAGGCAAGGCCGUCAUCCAGUGGCAGCGCACUGGGCGCAGCAGCGCGGUGCACCUGCGCACCAUGGAGAAGCGCUUCGUGCGCGUGGACACGAAGGAGAGCACGCCGCCCCCCAUGCUGGUCGGGAGCACCACCUCCGGGUUCGUGUUCGCGAUCGACCUCGCUAGCGGGGACGAGCUGUGGGCAACCUGGGCCGCGAAUGAGACCGCUGGCGUGAAGGGGGCUGUGGCUUGCAAGGGCGGAGUCGUUGUGGCAGCAACCAACCGCUGCGUGGACAGGUACUGCUACAGGUACCGCAACCAGACCUACCCCCUCACGCCAGGCAAUCAGUACGUGCGCGGCCUGAGUGCGGUUGACGGCACCGCCCUCUGGGAAUUCAAGACUUUCCAGCCAGUCUGGAACAUGGUUCCGCUGUGGGGCCAGGGCACCAGUGUGUUCUUUCAGGAUUGGGAGGGCAGGGUUUAUUGCCUAGACUAUGUGACUGGCAACCAAAUCUUUAGGGUCGGUGGCGACAUCGGGACCCACUCCCAUGCACACGCCGUUUACGAUCCGGGCCACAACGUCGUCGUUGCCCUGGGCGUGAAGCACUACACCGCGGGCCGCUGCAAUCCUUAUCCAGCGCCUGGCAUUGCCCCUUCGCGCGGGACGUGGCCGGGCACAGAGGGCUUCAUCCGCGGCUACAACGCCAGUUCCGGCAGGAAGCUCUGGGAUGUAUCGACGCCAGAGCCGCCGGCCAGCGCCGCCAUGGGCAUGCUCAACUCCCCUGAGAUGCACACCCGCUUGGUGGUCACCCUGGGCUACAAUUGUUACCUCGGUGCCACCUCCAAGAUCUGGGGCCUCGAUCCAAACAACGGCGAUUUGCGGUGGAGCAUUGGAGGCCCGACGUUGUGGACCAACUAUUGCGCAGGCGACAAGGAGGGUGCCGAAAUCCGCCGGGCCAUGGGCGGCCGUGAUAAAUGUUCGCCGAAUAGUUGGUCCAUGCCCGCGAUCGAUGCGCUGGGUGACGUGUACAUUGGCAGCCAGGUCGGCGAGCUGCAGAAGUUGGGCUCUGCGAAUCCGGGGCCUGCAGGCUCUGGCGCUGGUCACAGGGUCGAGCUGCUUUCGACGUUGACUACUGGCGUGGCCUUCCAGGAUGCAGCUAUCGCGUUCGGCCAGGGCGUCAUGGCCGUAUCCACGUGCACUUCACUCAUUGUCUUCCAGUCCUACGCAGAGACCUUCCCCCAAAACGGGACUUGGGCUGUUUCACGCAGUCAAUACCCCUCGAGUUCCGACAUGGUCCAUGGAGACGAUGUGGCGCACACGAUUUCAGAAGAAAGUUACGCGGGCAUCUCAGUGACCCCAAACAUUGAUUCGGACGACAUCUGAUCUAACGACGAGCCGUUCUACGAUCCGAACAUUGACGGUCAUACCUACAACCGAAAGGGGAAAAAGAAUUAACACGCCCUGAUUUGUCGACGAACCGGGCACUGGUAAGUAGCAAAUGUUCGGGCCCAGCGCGCGUAUCAACCAUGCGUUCUCCGCCAUGCGGGGAUUUUCCUUCCUGCGUGUAACUGUCAGCUCCUAAGCCCCUCAGGCGCCAAACUUCCUGAAAAAAAUAGACUUCCAAGGGGGCUCCAA